CCGUAAACCGGAACCGAGGAAACGGCGGCUGUAAACUAACGUUCCUACCAGCUCAAUAAGGGGAGUUAUGUAGCCCCAUAACCACUACAAAGUGAUAUUCCUGAUAUUGUCACCCAGCUUGUGAUAAAUUGCAGUUGGGCUGAUUUAUUCUCUCGCCGGCAGGUUUGUCAAAAAUUAUGGCUGGCGUUGUGGCUAUGGCAUCUGCCAUUGAGGACUUUGAGACUCAGCCUUGUAAGAAAUCACGGAAAGAUGGCGACAGUCCCGUUGUCAAGACGAUCACAAACUACUUCUACCCAAUAUCCAAACCUGUGGAGAAGCCUUUCUCUCCACCUCGUUCCAGCAACAUCAUGGACUACUUCAGGCGGAAAGGUCCACCGUCCCAGGAGAAGGCCAGCACACCAGAGGAGUCUGUGGAGAACUUUCAGAAGUCUCAAGAUACAGAGAAACCCCCCACCCAAGAGGUAGUUUUAAAACAGUCUAGCAAAAUCUCCCAGAAACGAAGACGGCCUAGCAAAAUUGCAAGGAGGCUUCUGAAACCUGAGUCUGUCAGCUCCUCAGAGGAGGGCAACUGCCAGGUUGUGGAUGAACCAGAUGAUGGUAGCGAUUCAGCAGAGCUGUCGAUCAGAAGCUAUGGCAUCAUGGGUAGUGAUACAGCAGCUCUCCUGGCACAGUUCAGUGUUGACACUUGUGUGGAGGACAGUGUUUCAAAGGGGAAAAACACUGGGGUAGUUAGUGUUGAGCAGACCCAAAAAGAGCUCCAUGAAGAGAACUUGAAAAGUGAGAGCAUUGUUAAAGGUAGACCGGAAAUUAGUUGUAAAAGGGCCAAAGCUGCUGUGAGAAAUGCCAGGAAGAAGCAGCCACAAGAAGCAAAACAGUCAGAAUUAGAGGUGAAAGAGGCAGAGCAGUCAUUGUGUGAUGUUCACAUGGAAGUAAGCAGGGACAAGGGUUCUCAGUCAAACAUAAUUACCAUCUCCUUUGAGGAUUUUUUGCAGAGUCAGAAGGAGGUGGAAGGUAAAGAAGAGAAUAGCGGGGACAAGGGAGAGGAGGGGGUGAGUGAUGUUAUUAUGGUGACAGAGGGAAUGGAGACUGACCAAUUGAAAUUUCCAAAAGCUGAUGAAAAACUACAUUCUGGGGAGCUAUGUCCCCCCCAAUUGUCACCCCAAACCCUAACUAUCCAGGCAGAGGUGCAUACAGUCUCUCCCAAGCAAAAAGCAGAUAAGGCUCUGGGAAAAAUAGCUUCCAUCUUCAAGAAAAAGGGGGCGGACAGCUCUGUAGAGGUGGCCUUGCCUCCCCACUCACAGGUUAGACAGGAGCGCCAACCUGUCUCUACAACACCCAAAAGAAAAUCAAACGUGGUUCUCCAAGAGGAAGAUCUGGAACUAGCUGUGGUUGAGAGUGAAUCCACACCUAAAUGUAGUCAGUCAGAGAGGAAGCAAUUCAUUGCUGCCUUUAAACAGCCUAGCCUUGAUGGGGCCAAAACCAAGCCUGGUAAGGGCCAGAGCAAGCAGAAGCAGCCUGCAGAUGCAGAACAGACCUCAGAUUGCAAGGACAAGACAGCUGAGGAGGAUGCUGUAGUUGCAGCGGAGCAACUAGGUGCUGGUGUCUCAGAAAAGAAGGUUGCUAAAAGGAAACCAUCAAGAAAGGGAAAGAAGAAGGCCCAUACAGGAGUAGAUGCGGAAGUCGACUUGACUGCUCAAGAAGAGCCUACUUGCUUGAAUGCAGAGGCUGAUGUCAAAACCGAGGAGCCAACAACUACCUCAGUUACCUCCACCACAACUGUGAGGAGGUCCAGAAGAGAGACUGCCAUCAGGCAAGCUCCUGAGGUCAUGGCACCCACACCUGUCCUCAAAACUAGAGGUCAAAAAAAGUCAAAGGAAACUGCGUUGCUCCGGAGCAGCCCUGUUCAGAUGUCCACCCCAAAGAUGCACAAAUCUAGACGCUGCAUGUUCAAGGCAGAGUUGGUCUCUCCAGCUGACAAGAAAGGAAGCCCAAUCAGCUGGAGCUGGGCAUCAGGUGCCUCCAAGACAAGGAAGCAAGCCAAGAAACUGGUGGAGAAAGCCAAAGCGAUCCAGCAGAGCAAGAAAACGGUUGUUUUUGAUAAGACCACCAUGCGUCGGUCCUUGCGCUCUCAGACCUUUUCCACUGUUAACUACUGUGAGGAUGAGGAUUCAUUGAUUUGCCUGGAAGAUGACCAGAGUGCCUCUCCUCAGAAAGUAUCAUUAAAGGGAAAAUCCCAGAAAUCAUUACGCAGUCUAAAUGAUGUCCUCGGGAAAGCUGCACCUACCAACUCUGCUGUUAUUUUUCCAUUAGCUUCCAAAGUGGCAGCCAUAUUCCAGGAUAAAAAAGCUCAGAGGACAGCUAUAGCUGUAUCAAUCUGUGAUGACAGCAGCCAAGACUGUUCAGAGAACUCUCAGGAUGAUGAGCAGUUCAGAGCACGAAGACAGUUCCUCAAGAGCGGCCUGCCCGAGUCCUUCAAGAAGCACAUAGCUAAAACUGCUGCCACUUGGGAUGCUUAUUUUCUCUCUUGUUCUUCUUUCCAACCUGUUGUACAUGUGGAGCAAAUGCCACACAACUGCCCUCUUAGGAAUUUACCCUGGCCUGAAUCGUCCUUCCUCCGCUGUCUGAAGGAGUCUUGGUGUGUAGCACCUAGCCCACUUCCAUCUCUCAAUGGCUCCUUUGGUUGUAAGACAGAGUCCGCCCCCAAAGCCAUUUGUGAAAGGGGGUCUGGCUGGAGGAAAGAGCUCUCUGAAUGUGUCCGUGAGCUCCUCCUGGAGGAGGUCAUUGCCACCAACCCUUCCUUCCCUGCCCGGAAGUUUCUAAAUCUCUUCUUGAAGAAACGAGCCGAGCACCUUCAACAGUGCACUGCCUCAGAAGCAGAGACUGUGACCAGAGCCAGGGGCACCCCAGCAUCAGCCGAAACAGUGGGGGGAAAGAGAAAGAGGAUGGAUGAAGGGGAAACGCCAAGAAAGGUGGCUAAAAGACAGAGGUCCAACCAGUCAGAAGAGAACAACUUAACGCCUGAGCCCGUUAAGAAGGUGGGUCGUAUGAGCCGUGCCACAAGACGCAAACUAGAAGAGAAGGAGAAGGCCAACGCAUCAGUAGAAACCACUCAUCUCCCCUCCCAAGACAACUCUGUGAUUGUGAUUGAUGACUCUCCUCUGGAAAGAAACAUGGAGAGAGGAGACAUGGUGAAGGAGGAUGUGUUGUGGACAGAGAAGUAUCGGCCUCAGCACUCGAGUGACAUCAUAGGCAACACCGCCUCGGUCCUGAGGCUGCACAGUUGGUUAAAGGAAUGGAAACUUCGUGCUGACCGAGAAGAGAGAAGAAGACAGAAGGAGAAGAAACGGGAGGAAGGAGGUAAGUACUCUGACUGGGAGUUGGGAGAGGAGGAUUUUCAGGAUGGAGAGGAUGUGUUGUGUAAUACGCUGCUUAUCACAGGACCCACUGGAGUGGGUAAGACUGCUGCUGUCUAUGCCUGUGCCCAGGAGCUGGGGUUCAAGGUGUUUGAAGUGAAUGCCUCGUCCCAGCGGAGUGGCCGGUUGAUCUUGUCCCAGCUGAAAGAAGCCACCCAAUCCCACCAGGUGGACAUCCAGGGGGUCAAUGCCCACAAACCCUCAUAUUUCAACAGCUACAGUAGCAGUACCUGCACCACCAGGCCUGGAUCCUCUCCCAGGAAGGGAAACUCUCCUCACAGGAUCUUCUCUUCUCCAAGGAGACAUCCCCAGUCCCCAAAAGGUAUUAAGAAAGGUAGCCUGGCCCCCACUUCUUUGGCUAACUUCUUCAAAGUGGGACAGCCCGCCAACAAGGAACCUGCUGACAGUGAUAAAACACAACAGUCAGCUGUCAUGAAAACAACAAAGGAGCCCAAGGUUACCAGUGAGUCUAAAGAGCUUGCAACGAAAAGCCCACCAGCAAAUAUCUACUCCAAUGACACUCUCAGUGAAGAGCAGGGCAAGAAGGGGGCCACCUCACUCAUCCUGUUUGAAGAAGUAGAUGUAAUUUUUGAUGAUGACUGGGGGUUCCUGGCAGCCAUCAAGACUUUUAUGACCACCACCAAGAGACCAGUUAUUCUCACCACCAGUGAUCCAGCUUUCAGCACCAUGUUUGAUGGCAACUUUGAAGAGAUCCUUUUCAAAACUCCCCCACUGUUGAAUAUAGGCAGCUAUCUGCAGCUAUUGUGUCUUGCUGAGGACCUGAGGAUUGACCCCCAAGAAAUCAGUUCCAUGCUUAGCUUCAACCACUGUGACGUCAGGCAGAGCCUGCUACAGUUGCAGUUCUGGACUCGUAGCAGUGGGGGGCGCCAGACAGUCAAGCCAUUGACACAGUUGAAGAACAGCGGUAAGGAGAUGGGAAUGACCACAGGGGCCACCGAUAUUGAGUUGAAACCAGUGACACCUGCAGAGGCAUCAGACAACUCUGUGUGUGAAAUGACAAUCCUGACCACUCUACCUCCCUGUGACACUGGCUGCACUGAGAGCAUGCUUGGUCUGCUGAAUAUUGAACCUGAGAAAGACAUAAAGGAGCUGCUUAGGUCUCCGGUGCAGGAGACGGGAUGCUGGGAACUACUUAAAGAGAGCAGGCACAGAGGAAUGGACCUACUUUACUCUAACAUGGAGAACCUGCUACCUCUACCUCUCACACAACUCACCAUCCUUACCAACAGACCACUCUCCUUAAUGUCAGACCAUUCUUGCACUGGUCCAAAAGAUCUGCCCUCCACCACCUCAAAGCCCGACUCCAUGCUGUCACAUGCCACGGCACCACAGGCAGAAGAACUGGCUGAGGGCUCAGAUGAUGAGAGUCCAGUCAAAGUGUCCAACAGGAUUAGGAAGAACAAGAAGCGCAAUUGUUUACCUGACAAAUACCUCCUGCAAUCUGACUCUGACUCAGAAGAUGGCUUCCUCUCUCUCUGCAAGCCACAAAGUGCUUCUUGUGGAAAGGAGGGAAUUGAUGUGCAAGAUGUUAAGGCGUCAGCAUCUGCAGCUCCAGUGAAGGUGAAGAGGAUUCCACUGACCCCUCAGCAGAGGGCCAAGAGCAUCCCAGUCUCCCAGUGUCUGGGCUCAGUAGCUGACUUCCUAGACCAUAUGUCCUACCUGGACUCCUCCCUUCUCCAUUCCCUACAUCCGGGGCGUAACACCCACCCAUGCACAAUCAACUUCCCAGUCUGUGCAGAAGUGAAAGAUGGUAUGCUGGAUGAGGCCAGGGUGGAGUUUGACAGAUGGAAUUGGGCAGAGAGAGAGAGGGCAGCAGAAAUUCAGGCAGCUGUGGAAGCCCUGAGCUUCCAGAGGUGCAAGGAAGAGGUGGGAGAGGCUUGGGAUAAAGUCCAGGUAUUAGAAGGGGAUCUGAGUGAGGAGACGGCAGCAGAGCUCACCCUCCCUGUGACUCCACACAGAGAAUGUUUAAAAUUCACGCAGGAUGACCCCUAUUCAUCAAAGCUGGUCCAGAGGAGGAGAGAGGUGAUUGAAAACCUUUUGUCCAGAGGAGUGUUUGGUAUGCUGGGCAACAGGCUGGCAGCAGCACUGGACUACCUACCAACCCUACGCACCAUCUGCAAAUCGGAGCAACUCAAGGAGCAGGGCAAGGUCAAACGAAGGUUUCUGCACUACCUAGAUGCAAUCCACCUGGGUCUCCCCAAGAGCAGUGUGGAGCAUCUUGCUGAGGACUGCUGGGGUAUUCCUCACAGUCAUUCACAAGGUCUGACUGCUUCCAAUCUUUAAGCUUUGGUCUUUU